GUUAUGGUAAGAAGAAAGCUGAGUACGCCAACGCCGCACACACGCUCAACUACACAGGACCGCAGUACGUGGCUGAUAUGUUGGCUGGGCUGUACCCCAACCACAGGGACAAGGUGACCAUCUUGGACAUGGCUGCUGGCACAGGUUUUGUAGGAGAGGAACUGCACAAACGCGGGUUCGUCAACAUACACGCUCACGAAGGCUCAGUCGAGAUGUUGGAAACGUCACGAGAAAAGGGAGUUUACUCUCACUUCCUUCUCUGUCUGCUUACAGAAGAGAAUGGUCUCCCUUUACUCAGUGACACCUACGAUGCUAUAUCGAUGAGUGGUGGAGCUGCUGAAAACCACCUCCCACCCUGCGCUCAGGAGGAGUUAGCUCGUGUGAUCAAACCCGGAGGGUAUUUCGUGAACUCGUAUCGGGCCACUCUACUAGCCAGCGACUAUGGUAAACAAUGGGAGGAAGUGGCCAAGAAACUUGAGGACAAUGGGAAAUGGAAGAUGUAUGGGCGCAUGACCUUCAGGAACUACAACGUGCUUACUGGUGGCAUCGUUGAUAUUUAUAAAGUCUUAUAG